AUGUCCAACUACGCGCUCCCCAAGUCCCACCAGGACCUCAUGGAGAAGUCCCUGGUGGACACUGACAAUGAGGUCGCUCAGAUCAUGGAACGCGAGAUCCAGCGUCAGCGCGAGUCCAUCCUCCUCAUCGCCUCGGAGAACGUCACAUCCCGCGCCGUCUUUGACGCGCUCGGUUCGCCCAUGUCCAACAAGUACUCUGAGGGCUACCCCGGCGCCCGUUACUACGGCGGUAACGAGCACAUCGACGCCAUCGAGCUCCUCUGCCAGAAGCGCGCCCUCGAGGCUUUCGGUCUGGACAACGAGAAGUGGGGCGUCAACGUCCAGUGCUUGUCUGGCUCUCCCGCCAACCUCCAGGUCUACCAGGCCAUCAUGAGGCCUCACGAGAGGCUCAUGGGCCUUGACCUGCCCCACGGCGGCCACUUGUCCCACGGCUACCAGACACCCCAGAGGAAGAUUUCCGCCGUUUCCACCUACUUCGAGACCUUCCCCUACCGCGUCAACCUCGACACUGGUCUCAUCGACUACGACCAGCUCGAGCAGAACGCUCUCAUGUACCGCCCCAAGGUCCUUGUUGCCGGUACCUCUGCCUACUGCCGCGAGAUUGACUACGCCCGCAUGCGCGAGAUCGCCGACAAGGUCGGCUGCUACCUCAUGAUGGACAUGGCCCACAUCUCUGGUCUCGUCGCCGCUGGCGUCAACAAGUCGCCCUUCCCCUACUGCGACAUUGUCACCACCACCACCCACAAGUCGCUCCGUGGCCCCCGUGGCGCCAUGAUCUUCUUCCGCAAGGGUGUCCGCAAGACUGAUGCCAAAUCCGGCAAGGACAUCCUCUACGACCUCGAGGGCCCCAUCAACUUCUCUGUCUUUCCCGGACACCAGGGUGGACCCCACAACCACACCAUCACUGCGCUCGCCGUUGCCCUCAAGCAAGCCCAGACCGAGGACUUCAAGCUGUACCAGCAGCAAGUCAUCAAGAACGCCAAGCAGCUCGAGACCACCUUCAAGGAGCUCGACUUCAAGCUCGUCACCAACGGUACCGACAACCACAUGGUCCUGAUCGACCUCAAGCCCUGGAACCUUGACGGUGCCCGUGUGGAGGCUGUCCUCGAGCAGGUCAACAUUGCUUGCAACAAGAACACCACCCCUGGUGACAAGUCUGCCCUCACCCCCAUGGGUAUCCGCAUUGGCGCCCCUGCCAUGACCUCGCGUGGUCUCGGCGAGGAGGACUUCAAGAAGAUUGCCAACUACAUUGACACCGUCAUCAAGCUGUGCAAGCAGAUCCAGGGCGACCUCCCCAAGGAGGCCAACAAGCUCAAGGACUUCAAGGCCAAGGUCACCUCUGGCGAGGUUGAGGAGAUCAAGAACCUGAAGAAGGAGAUUGCCGCCUGGGCCGUCACCUUCCCUCUCCCCAUCUAA